AUGGAUUACAAUAAGUAUAAAAUGAAGAAGAUCCCAUUUGAUAACUUCAUCACCAAAUUCAAACAGCUCACUAUUAAAUACAAGAAAACCGUCGAACAACAAGUUAAAAGACUCACCUCGAUAAUCAAUCAAGCUACUAUUACAACUCCUCCUAUAUUGGAUAUCUUUAGCGACCUUAUGCAAUUGGAUGCUCGCCCCCCAUCUCGUUAUACUCGGGAGCAAUGUAUUGAACUCAGCCUCUACCUCUAUUACAAGAAGCCCGGCUAUAUUAAAAGCAAUUGCAAAGAGAAACAAGCCAACAAUGCAAAAUACAAUACUAAUGUUAAUACUAAUGCUAAUGCGAAAUAUGCUCCUCACAUCAAUCGUUUCUCUAUAGUCAAUCAAUACCAAAACUCCGGACCCUAUCGCAAUAUUGCUAUCUCUUUAUACCAGAAUUCGUUUUCGUCUACUAAUCAUUUCUCAGUUAUACUAUUAUACUAUACCUUUCCAACCCCCUCUAGCCUUGCUCAAGAGAUUGAUCUAGGAGGAUACAUUGAGGGAUCCAUUUACUCGAAGGAGAGCGAAAGCUCAAUUCCCCAGCCAGGUAUAUUAAAAGAUUAA